AAUAUACACAGCCUGGUGUAAAGACAGUUUAGACGGAACAAGAGAGAGAUUAAGAGAGAAACGCAUAAUGGCUCCAAGGACGAAGACUUCUCUACCGGAGCAAAACGGAACUCUGCGACAUUUUACCCAUCCUCAUGUCCUAAUUAAGCAAACUUUUGAAGAUAUACAACACGAGGGUUAUGAUAAUGAUGAGUUUGAAUGUGAUGGUUGCAGCUCUGCAGGUUCUGGUGCUAGAUACCAUUGCAAGCAAUGCAGUUUCGAUCUCCACGAGGAUUGUGCUACAUGUCCUGGGUUUCUCACGUCUUUCAUUCAUCCUAACCAUCCACUGGAACGGAUAUGGGAGGGACCUGAGAAUGAUCACGGUCAGUUGCGUCCUUGCGAUGUCUGUGGUGAUCAAGUCAAAGGUCUAUUCUACAAAUGCUCAUCUGGUGCUGCUGAAAAACGAUACAAUGAUGAGAGUCAUUACUUCUUUAUCCACCCUACAUGCUCCAAAUUUCAACCUCAAUUGCACCACGCGAUCGAUGAAAACCACCCUCUCAGGCUUCAAUCAGUUCCAGUUAUUCCUGAUGCCUGGUGUGCAAUCUGUAGAAAACUUGUUUCUUCCUCUUCAUGGAGUUACAGAUGUGAUCCAUGUGGUAUCAAUAUCCAUCCCCAAUGCAUAACUCUUCCAUAUAUCAAAUAUCAUCAGCAGCAGGUUAGAACAAGUCGUCCGUCCGGACCAUCCCAACGACAACAAGUAGCGGAUGCUGAGGCAGAUGCAGAUGCUUUAGCGGCUGCUAAGUACCAAGCUAAAAUGAGGGCUAAAACAAACAAAUUUAUUCUCAAGCAUCUCGUUUAGAUGAAGCACCAGCUAGAGAUUUACCAGUUAAGAAUGUCCGUCUAGUACAACUAAUAAUAUUCUAUGUUUUGGAAUGUCUCUUUUGCGUGGUGGUCGUUGCCCACUCCCAUUUCUUCGUUGUCAUAUGGGGUUUCCUAUUUGGAGGUCUAGGUUUAUGUUCUCCUCCAUUUUUCUUUUUCUUUUGAUUUUUCUCUAAGUUGCUUCUUUUGUUGCCAAAAAAAAAAGUAUGUAUUUCAUACCUCUUUGUUACCACUGAUAAUUAUAAUCACGUUAAUAAAAGUUUCACGUUAACAAUUA